AUCCACGCUUUUGAUCACUAUCAGCAUUGUGCUCCCAGGGUCUUGGUCAUUGAUUCUCAUCAUGUUCAUGACAGUCCGUCGUGCGUGGGACCAUCGUCUUCGUUAGUUUCUUGUUCAUCAUUGGCGGAACAGGGGAACUGGAUCAGUGGCUAUUCUUGGUUGUCUUAGAUCUUCGCGGUUCCAGACUCA